CUGGUCUCUAUCUCGAUCAUUUCAGUUGCAAGUGUGACUUCCAGGACGUUUAGCAAGAAACCACAGCCUGUUCUACCAAAAUGGAAGCCUCUGCUAUUAGACUUAGUAUUGGCUUGGUGGUCAUCCUCGUUGUUGGGUCAGAGGCAAUGAACUAUUUGGCGUUCCCACGGAUGGGCCGUUCAGGUUAUUUAGCAUUCCCAAGAAUGGGCAGAUCGGGACAACAGACCGCCGGAAGUGACGAGUGUUGCACGAUGGGACUUAAAAACGAGUGGGUUGUGGGCGACGAAGGGAAGGCUGAAGUGAGGAGUAUAUGUCAAACCGGAAACGUCUGCUGCUCUGGAUUGAAAGAAACAGUUGACACGAAACCUGACGGAGUUAUUUAUUCUAUGUGUUUGCCAGAGUGUUAUAAACCCCAGACAGUGAAUAAAAGUGUUCUGGGAAAGCUGAAGCGUUUAUUACAGCAGUGACAAGUGAAAUUGUGAGAACAUUUCCGAAAAAAAGACUUUCAUGUGAUAUUUCUGUUUUCAAAGACAUGUGCCCUCAGUAAGCCUCGUUUCCAUUUCAUCUCACUUCCGGUCCAUAACAACAUCGAGCUCUCCUCUUCAAAACAAAAAUGUACAAAGGUUUGGCAGAUUUCCGUGAUCUUUUGUACCUCUGAAAUUGCUGAAUAAAAAUGUAUGUUAAAUUA